AUCCUUCCGGCAUUGACGAUGGACGGGAUCCUGGCCGUAGACAUUGUCGAGGGCUCUUACAACAAGCUUCGUUUUGCAAAGUUUAUCGACGGGCUACUUGAUCGGAUGAACCCGUAUCCACAACCAAAGUCUGUUAUCGUGAUGGACAAUUGUCGAAUUCACAAGAGUCCCGAAAUUCUUCAGAUGAUUAAAGAU